GCCGUGAGGCUCAAACCCUGUAGCUCGUUAGCCAACAUUAGCUAACCUUUCAUUAUUAUCUGCAUCAUUAUUUGAGCUCUGUUCCGUCGGAGAUCCGGAAUAAACAGCUGAUCCACCUCUGCUUCAUCACAGCAUAUGAAGCAGUGAUAUCUGAUAAAGAAGUCGAUGGAAAUGAGUCGAUUUUAAGCGUCCAGUUGAAGCCAGUCUGUUAGCUUAGCUUAGCUUAGCUUAGCUUGAGAAGAUGGCAGCUGUCCUGAAAACACCGCUCAGCCGUGGACUGAGAGCUCAGAUACAGAAACUAAUAUGGACCAAGAGUUGUGUCAGGCAUGCAUCAGUGGGGAGGAUCGAGAAAGUCCUCAUCGCCAACAGAGGAGAAAUAGCGUGCAGAGUGAUGCGGACAGCGAAAAAGAUGGGUGUCCGGUCGGUGGCUGUGUACAGUGAUGCUGACAGGCAUUCUAUGCAUGUGGCCAUGGCAGAUGAAGCCUAUCACAUCGGAGCAGCUCCAUCACAGCAGAGUUAUUUGUGUAUGGAGAAAGUUCUGGAAGUUGCUAAGAAGUCCUCUGCGCAGGCUGUCCAUCCCGGAUACGGUUUCCUCUCCGAGAACACAGAGUUUGCAGAAUUGUGCAAACAGGAAGGCAUCAUUUUCAUCGGCCCACCUUCAUCAGCUAUCCGAGACAUGGGCAUCAAAAGCACUUCCAAACACAUCAUGUCUGCUGCUGGCGUGCCGAUCAUUGAGGGCUACCAUGGAGAGGACCAAUCAGACGAGAGGCUUCAGGCCGAAGCUGCCAGGAUCGGCUACCCGGUUAUGAUCAAAGCCGUACGAGGUGGAGGUGGGAAAGGAAUGCGCAUCGCACGCUCUGAAGCCGAGUUUCAUGAGCAGCUGGAGUCGGCGCGAAGAGAAGCCCGCAAGUCAUUCAACGAUGACGUCAUGCUGGUGGAGAAGUUUGUGGAGAACCCCAGGCAUGUGGAGGUGCAGGUGUUUGGAGAUCAGCAUGGCAAUGCGGUGUACCUGUUCGAGAGGGACUGCAGCGUGCAGAGGAGACAUCAGAAGAUCAUCGAGGAGGCGCCAGGGCCCGGUAUUAGUCCUGAAGUGAGGCGUAAACUGGGAGAGGCUGCAGUCCGAGCAGCUAAAGCAGUGAACUACGUGGGAGCAGGCACCGUGGAGUUCAUCAUGGACUCUCAGCACAAUUUCUACUUCAUGGAGAUGAACACUCGUCUGCAGGUGGAGCACCCCGUCUCUGAGAUGAUCACAGGCACAGACCUGGUGGAGUGGCAGCUCAGGGUGGCUGCUGGGGAGAAGCUCCCUCUCUCUCAGGACGACAUUGUGCUCCGAGGUCACUCCUUUGAAGCCCGAAUCUACGCUGAAGACCCCAACAAUGACUUCCUGCCUGGAGCCGGACACUUGCAGCAUCUGUCCACUCCGCCGCCGGACGAACACACUCGCAUCGAGACUGGAGUCCGAGACGGAGAUGAGGUUUCUGCUCAUUACGACCCCAUGAUUGCUAAGCUGGUGGUAUGGGGGGAGGAUCGCUCCGCUGCACUGAAGAAGCUCCGCUACUGCUUACGGCAGUACAAUAUUGUAGGUCUCAGCACUAAUAUAGAUUUCCUGCUGAAUCUGUCGGGACAUCCUGAGUUUGAUGCGGGGAACGUGCAUACCAGCUUCAUCCCACAGCAUUACGAACAGCUUUUCCCACCCGCAGUGCCCCCUACAGCAGAGGAGGCCUGCCAGGCAGCGCUGGGUCUGCUGCUUCGCGAGAGAGAGCACACGCAGGAAUUUGCACGGCAGUCAGACGAUGUUUAUUCACCUUUUGGCUCGAGUGACGGGAGCCGGCUCAACGUGCUCUUCAGCAGGAACCUGACGCUGCAGCUGGGGGAAAACAAGGUGGCAGUGGCUGUUACAUACAACCCAGACGGGACGUACGGCGUGGAGAUUGGAGGUCAGGUGUUCCAGGUCUCAGGUGAGCUGCAGAAGGAGGGCGGAGCCACGUACCUGCGCUGCUGUGUGAAUGGAGUUUUGUCUCGACCCAAAUUGGUCAUUGUGGACAACGAAGUCCACCUCUUCUCUAUGGAGGGCAGUGCCCAGGUGGAUGUGCCUUUGCCCAAGUUCCUGGCUGGUGUGAGCAGCUCAGGGGCACAGGAUGGCGCUGUGGCACCCAUGACUGGCACCAUUGAGAAGGUCCUCGUGAAGCCAGGAGACACCGUCCAGAAGGGAGACCCUCUGGUGGUGAUGAUUGCCAUGAAAAUGGAGCACACCAUCCGAGCUCCUAAAGCCGGCGUCAUUAAGAAGGUUCUCUUCAGAGAGGGAUCGCAGGCCAAUCGGCACGCGGCACUGGUGGAGCUGGAGGAGGAAGAGUCGUCGGAGGACGAGUCACAAUCCUGAGCCUGCAGGAGGGGCUGAAGAUGUUUUAGGAGGAUGUUCUGAGUAAUUCUGGUCCUUAAGGGCUGAAAUCCAGCCCAGUUUGGGGAUUUUUAUGCUCAAGUACACCUAUUAAACCUGGCAACCAGGGCAGCAUGACUGUACACAACACCAGUGUGACUGUUGUUGUGUAUUGUGAUAUGUUUUGCAAUAUAAAACACACAAAUAUUAAACAUGUACAUUAAAACUAGGGAUGCGCGAUGAUCGGAAUCAUAUCAGGACCAGCAGAUAUUUGCUUAAAAAAUAUAUCCGCAUCGGACAGAUAAUCCAGACUGACAUCUGAUGAGUGUUUAUUGAUCCACACGAGCAGAACGUUUAGGUGACUUCGGGUUACUGAACUAAAACAUCUGCAUUCAUGAUUCAUUCAGGCAGGUCUUCUCUCAGUUUCUACUUCUUAUAAAUGUUUACGUAUUGACAUUGUUAGAUAUGUAAAUAGUUAUGAAGAAUACUGGAACCGUGAUUGGUCAGGACGCUCACAGCACACAAAAAAGCAGUGACUGCUUAAAGGGCUCAUAUUACAGCCUUUUGUGACAUCAGUAGUGCAUAAGGAAACAUUAUGAUAGUAAUAAAGAGAUGAUAUACGCUGCAGCCCUGCUUAUAACCGCUGGACUGAGUCAGGUGUGUUAGAGCAGAGAAAUCACUAAGCUGGGUCAGAUUCCUCUGCAGCACCGUUAAUAGUUAUUAACUUUAGUUAAUGAGCUGAGGGGUUCUGGCAGUGAUUCUGGAGGAUUACACUCAAAAGGAACCUCCACCAAUUUUUCUAAAUUUCUGCAUAAUUAAACAGUUAAGAUGUAAACAGAGUCGUUCAGAGUGGUUUGGUGUGAAACGCUCCGUUCUAGAGAAACUUACUGAGUCAGAAUUGUUCACACACAAUAUGAAUAUGCUGCCUUAGGUCUGAGACGCUGUUUUUAUGAUCUAAAACAUACUUAAAUCAAUUUAUUUUCUUCCAUUCAUGGUGGAAGGACACAUGUAGGGCACUGUGAGGCAAAAUGGUCCCCAAAGAAAACUUAUUAUUUCAGAUUUUCCACUAUUUUCCAUCAUCAACAUUCCAUAUAAACUCAGAAGACUCGUGUAGGUUCACUGGUGGUUCUGGAUAGUAAAUAAAAUGUCUAUAUUUGUGUUGUAGUCAUGGCGACCCCUGGUUCCUAUCACCACCACUGUAAAGACAUCUGAACCAUUUCACACCAAAUCACUCUGAAUCACUCUGUUUACACCUCACACACUGAGUUAUGCAGAAAAUUUGAAAAAUUGGUGGAAUUCCCCUUUAGGUUCUCACACUACACUAUUGGUUAACGUCAUUUUUUUCUCAGAUGUCUUUUGAAAUCUCACUUUCCUGCUUUAUGAGCUGCCCUUGAGUGUUCUAGCCGAUGUUUUCCUGUCUGUGUUGUUCUCCAUGGUUUGUAUGUGGGGCUUCAGUUUGACGCUCGUCUUGUGCCUCUUUAUUUUAAAUAUGUUAGUUAUUGUUCCUUUAAAGACAUUUUUCUUUCUUGACAGAUAUUUCUGGGUAUAGAUUUCAUCCAAGAUAAGUAACAGAGAAAUGACUGUUUCCAAAAAAAGAAUAAUAAUAAUAAAAAAAUUUAAUAAAUAAGCAGAGAAACACUCGCCAAGACCAAACAUGUCUUGGUUUUACUCUAACACUAGAAUUUUUUGCUGCUGCCACUGUCGACCCGGUCAUCGUUCACUCCUGACUUGUUGCUUUGAUUGACUCUGUAAGUGAAGGACAAGUAAAAACUGGACUGUCAAUCAAAA